GCGGGCGUCCCCCAUUCGGGCACUGAUUGGUCGAAUCUUAAUGACGGCAAGAAGUUCUCGGGGUCUCUAUUGGUUCUUAAACCUCAGAAUGGGCGGAGAAAGGCAGAGCGUAGGGGCUCAAGGAGAGAAGCGCGGAGUGCGCCGGCGCGUAGUCGGGGACGCCAGGCUGAGGAUUUUGCUAGGGAACCGUAUGUUGUCGCCCCGCCCCCUCGGGGCUUUUUGUCCCGUUAACUGUCGGAGUGGCGGGGGCUCUAGCGCCGAGCGACAUGCCGGUGCGCUUCAAGGGGCUGAGUGAAUACCAGAGAAACUUUCUGUGGAAAAAGUCAUAUUUGUCAGAGUCCUAUAAUCCCUCGGUGGGGAGAAGGUACCCAUGGGCUGGACUUAGAUCGGAUCAAUUAGGAAUCACAAAAGAGCCAAGUUUUAUUUCAAAAAGAAGAGUCCCUUAUCAUGAUCCACAAAUUUCAAAAUCUCUUGAGUGGAAUGGAGCUAUCUCAGAGAAUGAUAUUGUGUCACCAAAACCUGAAGCCACAGAAACAGAAUUACAAGAAGCAGAACAAAAAGAAGAUGUUAACCAAGAAAGAGUUCUUGCACUAGAAGCCUCCAAGGUUCCCAAAAGAACCAGGUCUCACUCUACAGACUCCAGAGCUGAAGGGGCUUCAGAUAUUGUGGAAAAUAAUGAGGAUGUAAUAGAAGGUCAUAUACCGGUUAAUGAAAAUGGGGAACUGGAGCAUUCUACCAAGCUGCUUUCAGAAAAUGUAGAUAAUGGGUUGAAUAGAGUUCUUCGGAAGAAAGCAGGACUGACUGUUUUUCCUUCACAUGAUAUCUUGAGAAAUUCUGAAUAUCAAAGGCAGUUUGUUUGGAAGACCCCUAAAGAAGCUGCUCCAGUUUUUACAGCCAAUCAGGUUUUCCACAAUAAAAGCAAAUUUGUUCCACAAUUCAAAGGUAACUCAAUCAUCCAUGAAACUGAAUACAGAAGAAAUUUCAAGGGUUUAUCUCCAGUGAAAGAACCAAAAUUAAGAAAUGAUUUGAGAGAGAAUGGAAAUUUUGAAACAGUAUCUCCUGAAAAGAAGUGUAAUAAAACAGAUGAUCCUUUAAAAUUAGAAGCAGAGAUGGAAUCAAAAGAGUCAAACCAGCCUAAAAAGAAGCUUACUCCUUGGAGACAUCAAAGGCUUGGGAAGGUGAAUUCUGAAUAUAGGGCAAAAUUUCUGAGCCCAGCCCAGUAUUUAUACAAAGCCGGGGCUUGGACCCGUGUGAAGGAAAACAUACCAGAUCAGGGUUCUCUAAAUGCCAUGUGGUAUGCGGAGGUUAAAGAACUCCGAGAGAAGGCUGAAUUUUAUAGGAAACGAGUUCAAGGAACACAUUUUUCUCGGGACCAUCUGAAUCAGCUUCUGUCUGAUAACAACUGCUGUUGGGAUGUCUCCUCAACCACAAGCUCAGAAGGAACCAUUAGUAGUAACAUUAGAGCUCUAGAUCUUGCCGGAGAUCCUACAAGCCAUAAGACUUUGCAGAAAUGUCCUCCUACAACACUGGACAAGAAAAAGCCUGCCUUGGAAGAGCAGCCGCAGAAAACUACCACAGAGAAAUUGGGCGUGUCAGAUGCUCCCACCCUGCCCGUUAGAAGGCGCCUGGCAUGGGACGCAGAGAACACAGAUGAAGGGGUGCAGAAACAGCCGAGAGAGGAGGAGGAGGAAGAAACAGAAAAGGACAGGCAGGUUCAUAACGGAGAGCUGGAGAAGGUUGAAGUACCGGAAAAAUCUAAGGCAGAAAAGAUAAAAGAAGGGUCAGAUUCUUCUUCUGUAUCUUCUGGAAAAGGAGGCAGGCUUCCUACUCCAAAGCUGAGAGAACUUGGUGGAAUCCAGAGGACUCAUCAUGAUCUCACCACUCCAGCUGUUGGUGGUGCUGUUCUAGUGUCUCCAUCUAAAGUGAGGCCUCCAGUCCCAGAACAGAGGAAAAGAGUAUCCCCUCAGGAUGGCUUAGAACCUGCAAAGAAUGAUUUUAGGAAGAAAGAAAGUCGUGCUAUAGCCCUCCUGACUUCUCCAGCUGCUGGUAUAAAAACAGUUGAUCCCUUGCCUUUGAGGGAAGAUUCUGAAAUCAGUAUCCCCAGGCGUGCCGAGGUAGCUCUUCCAGUUUCAAAAAUUCCAGAAUAUCCAGCAAACACACCUGGGCAGUCUCCUUCCCCACCCUGUGCUCCAUCCUACUGGCAUCCCUCUCGUCGAAUUCAGGGCUCUCUCAGAGAUCCAGAAUUUCAGCAUAAUGUGGGAAAAGCAAGGAUGAACAAUUUCCAGCUGCCUCAGCAUGAAGUCUUUAAUGACGAAGAUGAAGACAGAUUAUCUGAGAUUUCUGCUCGCUCCGCAGCUUCUAGUCUCCAGGCUUUUCAAACUCUGGCACGAGCUCAGAAAAGGAAGGAGAAUUUCUGGGGCAAAACAUAAUUACCAUAUAUCUAGUUGAGUUGCCUAACAAUCUACGGAACCAUUAGCAUAAUUUUUCCUUAUUGCUUUACUAUGUUAAGACUUUUAAAGUAUUUGGAUUUUUUCCCCACAUUUCCUACUUAAAAAGAAUUGUUUGAGUUUUCAAUAGCCAAUUCAGUUUCCUUGGAAAAUUUUAACACUGGUUCAUACAAAUUCAACCUACAGAAUUCUUUUGACACCUAUCCCAAAGUACAAAGACAUAGGUUUCUUCACAUGUUCUAACUUUUGUAUUAAGGGUAGCUGGUAAAAUUGUGAAUUUUACCUAUCCAGAGGAUAUUCUAAAAAAUAAAGUGAAGUAAAAAUUAAGAUCUAAAUGUGAAGUAUAUGUUCCUUGAUUAUUGGCUCUGUGUAUCUUUAUAGUCUGUAGAUGUCAUAAGAUGAAUUUGUUCUUCCGGUAACUUUUGCUGUAGUAUUUCUUUUUAUUUUAGUACCUUCUGUAUGUGGUUGCAGUGUUAAGGCAAUUGUACUUUAAAUUGAAAAUAUGAGCUGUAUAUAUUUUUCUUAUUUAUGUAACAAAGUUUGCUGAGAGAAUAUGUAUAUUUUUGAUCUUUGUGUGUAUUCUAUUUGUAUAAGGACUUUGGCUUACAUUUGAAUAAUGUCUCAAUUUUGAAAAAUUAUUUGUAUAAUGGAGAGUUAAAACUUUGUAGACAUUUUGAAAUAAAAAUUGAUCAAGUAUUUUAA